UAAUGGCGGAUAUUAGCAUUAGCUCAUAUUUGCAACAAGCAAGCAAGCAUUUGUUACGAGUUGCUUUAAAAACCGGUCAUGGAGUCUAGUUAACGGCUCAUUGUCCAAUUAAAUAAAUAACUAUCACUAAUUAAAGUAACUAAAUAAAUAGCGAAUAAAAAAAAAAAAAAAAAAUAAUAAACGUGAGUUGAAUUAUUUCUAAUUUGUCAAUAUUAAAAUCUAAACUUGUGGCAUUGUAUUGAAAACAGUGAAAUAAAAAAUGGGCGCGUAUUUGUCGGAGCCGGUAACCACAAAGGAGUCCACUGAUGAUUCUGGUAAAAAUGUGGCAUUUGGCGCGAGUUCUAUGCAAGGAUGGCGAAUAAGCCAGGAGGAUGCUCACAACUGCUGCAUUGACUUUGACGAAAACGUGUCGCUGUUUGCUGUCUAUGAUGGUCACGGGGGUCACGAAGUCGCGAGUUAUUGUGCUAAAAAAUUACCAGAAUUUAUCAAAGAAACGGAAGCUUACAAACGUGGUGACAUACGACAGGCUUUGAUUGACGCGUUCCUGGGUUUUGACGCGACGCUGGCAACUCCGGAGAUCAUAAAAGUCCUCAAGGAAAUAUCUAAGAACACCGAGACAGAAAAAACUAAAGAAGAGGCGGAGACCGACGACGAGGACAAUGUCAGCAACUUGAAGCAAGAGGCUGAGAUGCCAUUGGAGCAGGUGAUGGCCAAGUACUUGGCUGACACUCAGGCUACCGCCGACAGGUUUGGCAAGAGGAUAAUCUCCAGUCCACUUAUACGCUGCCGAAGAACGAAAGACCGCGGGGAUCCUUCUGCUGGGUGCUCUUCCACGUCCUCAAAUGAAGCUGAUGUCAGCAGCUCUUCUCAGUCUGAUGGAUCCAGUGCUAGUGCUGCUGGUAGUGCCACUGCUGGUCCUAGUCCUAGUCCUGGUGAUGAAAGUAAAGUCGAAAGUCCUAAAAGUAGUGAAGCUGAACAAACUCUUGACUCGACGACCAGUACAAGCAACGGGGAAGUUGCCCAUAAAAAAGAGUCAGAUAAAUUAGAUAGUAAAGUAAGUGAACCAGUUAAAGCUGAUGAUAAAAUUGGAGAGGCUGUAAAAGAUGUGAAAGUGGAGACGGUUAAAGAUAACGCUGACAUGCCAGAUAGCUCUGAGGACUCUGAUACUAAAGUCUCUCCCAGUAAAACGGAGCACACUGUCGACAAUAAGGAAGUUAAUGGCUCGGAAUUAAAAGUUAAGACUAAAGAUGAAGAUGGAAAAAAUAAUGAUAAUGUCACUAGCAGCUCGACACUGGAGAAUGGAGAGACAAGCCAAGAAAGAAUCAGUAGCGUGGGACGUAGAUUAGUAAUAGAACCAUUUUUCCGCAGUCUUUUGAAACCGAUAACUGACUCUGACGAUGACGAUGAGGAUGAGGAGGAAAUCGAUGAGAACUUCGAUGGUCCCGAGAGUGCCAGUGACACUGACGAAAUUGAUGACAGCGACGAGAUUGAUGAUGAUGACGAUGAUUCGGAUGACGAUGAUGACGAUGACGAUGACAUGGACGGAGACAUUACUGUCAAUGAAGAGCCGGGCUCUGACAGCGGAUGCACUGCCGUUGUUGCUAUUCUUCAGGGAGACGAUCUGUACGUAGCGAAUGCUGGAGACUCCAGGUGCGUUCUCUGUCGCGAUGGACAAGCCCUCGAGCUCAGUUUGGACCACAAGCCUGAGGACGAUCCCGAGAUGAAGCGGAUCGUCAAUGCCGGAGGAAAGGUUACUGCUGACGGCAGAGUCAAUGGCGGGCUAAAUUUGUCCCGCGCUUUAGGUGACCACGCGUACAAGCAAAACACUGACCUGCCAGCUCAGGAUCAGAUGAUUUCCGCGAUGCCUGAUGUCAGACACGUAAAAAUAGACCGGCAGAGAGACGAUUUUUUGAUCCUCGCGUGCGACGGGAUUUGGAAUUUCAUGACCAGCGCGGAAGUCGUUCAAUUUGUCCAGGAGAGAAUUAACAUUAAAGAUAAAAGCUUGUCUAGCAUCUGCGAAGAGUUAUUCGAUCAUUGUUUGGCGCCGGACACCUGCGGGGACGGAACCGGAUGCGACAACAUGACCGCAGUUAUCGUUAAAUUAAAAUCGUCAAAACCAGCAGACGUAACAUCGGAAAAAAUCGACGACACCAACAGCCUGGCUGCCAAGAAGAGGCCGCUGUCCCCCACGGACUCCAACGAACAAACCGACCCAACUGAACCCUCAGACGAAUGCAAACGGGUUAAAGUAGACACCGUUUAAAAAAACAAAUUCGUUUUUAAGUGAAGCUUAACUUUUUUUUUUUUUAUUUAACCGUACAAUCUUUUUUUUUAUUCAAAUUUACGGUUGCGGAGCUUUUGUUUUAUUUUUAUACAAAUUUUACCUAAAAAAGGUCUAACAGUUUAUACUCAGUACAAUAAUUGAUUAAACCAAUCAAUUAAUUAAUUACUUGACUGCUCCACUUAAUUGGUUACGAUGUUCUCUAGAUUUAACGUUUAUUAGAAUUAAUAUGUAAAUGUAAAUAAAUCUAGACAAUAGGGUUUAUAUUUG